GAACCUUCUGUUCCGGCUAGUGUUUCCGCGGAGACGACGCGGGAGGCCAAGGCGGAAGUAGCUUGGGCGUGUGGGCGGAGCUAAGCGCAGCCAUGUCGGCGGCCCUGCUGCGGCGGGGCCUGGAGCUUCUGGGGGCACCCGAGGCCCCCGGCGCCGCGCCCGGCCAGACCAAGCCCACUGGGCCUCCGGGCAAGCGGUCCCGGAAGGCGAAGGCGACCCAGGCCCAGAAACUGCGGAACUCAGCCAAGGGAAAGGUGCCCAAGUCCGCGCUGGCCGAGUUCCAGAAGCGAGAGCGUCGAGGCUACCUGGGGGUGAACCUGAAGUUUAUGACCAGUGCCAGAAGUGCCGUGGCGGAGUCCGUCACCCAGCAGAUUGUGCGUCAGAACCGGGGCCGAAAAGCCUGUGACCGGCCUGUGGCCAAGACGAAGAAGAAGAAGAAGGCCGAGGGCCCCGUGUUCACUGAGGAAGACUUCCAGAAGUUCCAGCAGGAGUACUUCGGCAGCUAGGCUCCUGGGGGGCGGCGCAGUGGGCGAGGCGCUCACGCCCAGCCGCCGCCUCUGACCUCACAGCCUCUGCCGGCCCCAGGCCCCCACUGUGGACGGUGCAGCCAGCAGACAGCAACUCACGGCCAGCCCAGCUCAAGGAAGCCCCAGAGCUGGAGCCAGGCGGGGCUGCAGUGGAGCUGGAAGCCUGGGGAGGGUUUACAUUCAGACUGGAGCUCACAUCUGCAGGCUGGGGAGGAGGCCCUGCCAGAAAGGAACAUUUCUGACUCUGCUUUGGCCCAGGUAAGGCCUCCAGGCUGUGUGCUAUGGAAAGGCCAGUUACUGGGCGCUCGCCCGCCUCCAGGAGUAGGAGGAGGGUCCUGGAUAGGCCAACAGGUUCUAAUAAAUGGACCCGAGAGAGAGAG